AAACCGUGCCGAGCCAUGCCGAGCCGAGCCGAGCCGAGCCGUGCCUACCCAGGCAGCACGAUGUCCCGAGCCGUGCCGCGCAGUGCCGUGCCGCGCAGUACCGCGCCAAGCCAUGCCGAGCCGCGCCGUGCCGUGGGUACCAAGGUGCUCUGCCUUCCCCGCUCCCCGGCCGCCGGUGCCGGUGCUGCUCUCGGUGCCCCGGCGGCUCCCGGUGCCCCGGCGCUGCCGUCCCGCCCGUCUCCCAUUGGCGGCGGCCGGGCCCGCCCCGCCCCGCUCCCCCGCCGGGCGGCUAUAAACGGGCGCGGCGGGGCGGGCGAGCGGCAGCGGCGGGGCCGUGCCGGGCCCGGGAUCGGGACCGGGAUGGAGCCGGGGCUGGAGCGCUGGGCGCACGGCGCGCUGUGGGCGGCGCUGGCCGGCAGCCUGGCGCUGCGGGCGGCGCGGCGGGCGCCGGGGCCGGGCCGGGGGCUGGGGCCGCCGCUGGGCCGGGGGCUGGUGCUGCCGCUGGCGCUGCUGGCCGCGCUGCAGAGCCUGUGCCGCGCCUGGCUGCCGCUGCCCCUGGGGCUGGCCCUGGCCGCGGCCGCCGCCGGGCUGCUGCUGUGGCGGGCGGCGCCCCGCGGGCUGCUGCCGGUGGCGGGCAGAGCCGUCCUUGUCACAGGAUGUGACUCAGGCUUUGGGCAGGCAACAGCCCGGCACCUGGACAUCAUGGGCUUUCGGGUGUUUGCCAGUGUGCUGGACCUGCAGAGUCCUGGUGCCCAGGAGCUGCGCCAGAGCUGCUCAUCGAGGCUGACACUGCUGCAGAUGGACCUGACCAAGACAGAGGACAUCCAGCGUGUCCUGGAGCACAUCCAGGCCCACACCAACAGCACAGGACUCUGGGGCCUGGUGAACAACGCUGGGUUCAAUGACACCAUUGCCGACGCUGAGCUCUCACCGCUGGGCAAGUUUCGUGCCUGCAUGGAGGUGAACUUCUUUGGCUCCCUGGAGCUCACCAAGGGGCUGCUGCCCUUGCUCCGCUCUGCUGGCGGCCGCAUUGUCACCGUCAGCAGCCCUGCAGGUGACAUGCCCUUCCCCUGCCUGGCAGCCUACGGGGCCUCAAAGGCAGCCCUCAGCCUGCUCAUGGACACCUUCCGCAGCGAGCUCCAGCCCUGGGGCAUCAAAGUCAGCCUCAUCUUGCCUGGCUACUACAAAACAGGGACGACAUGUGACCCUGCCUUCUGGAACCUGCAGAAGCAGCAGCUGUUGGCCAGUCUGCCCCAGGAGCUGCUCCAGGCCUAUGGCGAGGACUAUGUGGAGGAGAUCAACCAGCAGUUCAUCCAGUUCAUGAAGGUGGCAGUGGAGGACCUCAGUGCAGUAGUGAACAGCAUCACAGAGGGGCUUCUGGCUGCCAACCCAGCCGUGCGCUACUACCCAGGGCAGGGCCUUGGGAUCAUGUAUUUCAUACACCGCUACCUGCCCUAUUUUGUCCGAGACUUGUUCUUGAAAGGAUUCUUCAUCAACCCCAAGCUGCCCCGAGCGCUGCGGCGAGAGCACCACAACGAUGUGAAGAAGGCCUGACCUCGGCCUGCGCACAGCCUUCUCUGGGCUUUCCAGGCACACCAGCCCCUGAGCGCGGGCAAAGCCAAAGGCACUGCCCCCCUGCACCGUGGGGGAAAUCAGCACUAGACGUUAAAAACCAAAUUUCUUUCCAAAAUCAGGUAGAUCUAUUUUCUAUUGUGCAAGAAUCAACAUUUUCUAGAGACCUUGGUUUUGUAUUUUUUCUAACCGUGCACCCUCCAAGAGGCCCAUCCCUGCCUGACUCAGCAGUAUUGCACCACAGGCUGGGAUGUACCUCCUCAGCUACCCACCACCUUCCUUACCGCUCUGAGCUGUUUGUCUCCAUCCCUCUUGGCUGGGUCAGGGCUGGGACCCUGUGGCCACUGCCUCCCUGCCACUCAUUACACACUCCACAUGCUCCCGACGAGUGCAGGGGCCGAGACCAGGCUGCCAGUGCUGCAGAGCUCUUCAUGAGAUGACCUAUGUGAUUGUCACUUUUUAAAUAAAUCCAUUCUUAAUAUUCCA